GCCAUUAAUGCCGCCUCCUGUUUCGAGCAUUCCGCACACGGGUGCCUAUCUUUUUGAAGUGCGCAACGGUCUGAAUCCCAGUGCAGGAUCGGAGCCUGCGGUUCCCGUGAGCGGCCGAGGCGCACGGCUCGCGCUUCACCUCACAGCGAGGCUGCGGCGGUUGUCAGCUCUGUUGCUAGGCAGCGCUGGCUAUGGCGGCGCUCUGACUGUGUGACGGUGGCAGCGGCAGUGCCUAGCAGCAGCUCGCUGCCGCUCUCUGGUGCGGGGAAAGAACGGCCACAGUACCGGCCUGACCAUUAAUCGACCGGCCGGGCAGAGGUGGAGGGCAAGGGGCGAAGUGGUGGUUAAGUUUUUCCUUGUGGUUGCAAUAAACCCAGGAUAUCUGAACUGUGUGCAGCAUGUCCAAAUGUCCACAACUGCUUCGUAGACCAUUGCUGCCAAAAGACACGCUUUCAUUUGAAAAUGCAUCAUGUCCUGCUGCUGUGCUCAAGAAAAAAUGUGACUCAAUCGAUGAACAUGAGAUGAAGGAUGUAUCAAUGACUUGCAGGUCAUCUGAUCGAAAUGGAUUUCCUUCCCGUCGUGGUAUUGUACACAGAUAUGAUCCAUAUUUUACAGAGGAUGAUAUUCGCUACUGUAUUCCUGCAGCCUUCACUCUAGCCAAUUUUCUUCAGAAAAAUAGUGUGUCUCCACCACCUUUAGAUGAGAGAAAGAUUGUUUUAUCCCACCAAAACUUCAACAAGAUUGUAACUCUCCUGGAAUCUCAGUUACUGAAGCAUAACCAGAAAAAAGUGAACAUCGUAGAAUUAUCCAUUGAUGACAUCCCACCAGUAUUGAAGCGAAUCCCUCAGAGACAGCAGAUUCUUGAAAUGAAUGCUGCUGCUAGAAACAAAAGUGAAGGCUUAAAUUAUGAAGUUUCCCCAGAGUUGCCAGCUAUUCUGAAUAUUGAUGAUGGUGCCCAGUCUCUUGAAAUUCCCGACUCUGAAUCUCCAAUCAAGGAGGAAGAACAAGAGGGACGAAUAAGCCCAUAUGAAUAUGUUGUUGUAAAAUCAAUGGCAGUAGGUGGAGAGUCUUUAAACCUGAGGGGAUAUUUUAUUCAUCAGCUUCCUGACGUGACCAGACUGGUUUCCACAUUAAAGGAUCUGAACCUGUCAUUCAAUAGCUUUCGGGACAUUCCUACUGAGAUUUAUCAAUUAUCCUGCCUUGAAUUGCUGAAUUUACGAGACAAUCCAAUUACGGAGAUUUCUCCUGAUAUUGAGAAACUGACCAACCUGAGAAUUUUUGACAUUUCUUUCUGCAUUGUUUCAGUUCUGCCUAUUGGCUGGUUUGGUGCGACCUUUCCUGGAGUCGGGCCCAGAGCUUCAGCGCUGGCGCAGCAGGAACUUUAACAUCGCAGGCCAGAGCUUCAGCGGCGGCGCAGUGGGGACUUUUAACAUCGCGGGGGUCGCCGG